UAACCAGCCAUCUGUGUCGCGAGACCCCCCUCAGGUGCAGCUUUGAUGACCCCAGGAAUGUUUUCUGCUUCGUUUCAGGGAAGGAGUUUCAAGGCAGCAAACUCAAGGUCUCCAUGACUCGGAAGAAGCUGCCUCUGAACAGCAUGCGGGGAGGCAUGUUGCCCCGGGAACCUCGCGGUAUGCCUCCCCCUCUCCGUGGAGGUCCAGGAGGCCCAGGGGGACCUGGUGGACCAAUGGGUCGUAUGGGCAGCCGAGGUGGUGACCGGGGCGGUGGCUUUGCCCCAAGAGGGCCCCGAGGAUCCCGAGGAAACCCUUCUGGGGGUGGAAACGUCCAGCACCGAGCUGGAGACUGGCAGUGCCCGAAUCCGGGCUGUGGAAACCAGAACUUUGCUUGGAGAACAGAGUGUAACCAGUGCAAGGCUCCGAAGCCAGAGGGGUUCCUCCCGCCGCCCUUCCCUCCCCCAGGUCCCGGAUUCUUGCUUGGGAAGCCGCUGCCACUUAGAGGGCUCAUAUACGGGACCAAUAGUGGUGGUGAUCGCGGCAGGGGCGGCCCCAGCGGCAUGAGAGGAGGCCGAGGAGGGCUGAUGGACCGCGGCGGCCCCGGAGGGAUGUUUCGCGGCGGCCGUGGUGGAGACCGAGGCGGGUUCCGAGGAGGCCGUGGCAUGGACCGAGGGGGCUUCGGAGGGGGCCGGAGAGGAGGCCCCGGGGGCCCGCCUGGACCUCUAAUGGAGCAGCUAGGAGGCCGAGGCAGCAGGCGCGGAGGACCCGGGAAGAUGGACAAGGGGGAGCACCGCCAGGACCGCAGAGACCGGCCCUAUUAGCGGCCCGUGGCCUCCCCUCCUUUUUUUCCUGCUGGACUGCAUUUACUACCAGAUUUAUUUUUUAAACCAGAAAAAUGUUUUAAAUUUAUAAUUCCAUAUUUAUAAUGUUGGCUCCAACAUUAUGAUGAUUCCUUGUCUGUACUUAGUAUUUUUCACCGUUUGUGGAGAAACAUUAAAACAAAAGUUAAAUGGUAGCGUGCCGAGUUCUUCUUUAUUCUUUUUUUCCCUCCCUUUAAAAAAAAAUAAAAUCCACAACAAAAACGAGAAACAUGGUUGUUUAAUUAAAAACUGGUUUUUGUUCUCUUUUUUUUCUUCUUUUCUUUUUCAAAAAAAAAAAAAGCAACUUUGUCGUGAGCAUGCCCGGUAAAAUUGUGAUUUGAAGAGGUCAGGAGGAUGGCAAAAUUUCAUGUAACAAAAUGUUCGUGGUUGUGUGAUGUUUUUUCUUUUUCUUUUUUUUAAAUAAACUUCCAAAUGUUUGUAAAACGCAA